CCCGUCGAUUUUGAGAUACCUGUCUACUCGGUACACCCACCACGCGGGCUACGGUGAGACGACCGCGCAGCAAACGAUGGUCGAGUCGCUCAUCAACUGGGCACACGCUGAUUUACACAGAAUAGUCGGGUACCGCUGCGCAUACCCUCAAGUCUUCGAGGAGUUCCAACUCGAAGGCGAGUCAGCCACCGAGGUCCUGAUUGAGACGGGCAUCAAGCGGCUCACCCACUACCUAGAGCGCCUGGAGAAACGCUACCUAGGCCCCACCAAGUUUCUGUGCGGUGACGCGCUGACGAUAGCGGACUCGGCUGUGGCGACCGUGCUUCUGCAGUCCGAGUGGAUGGGGUUCUCGCUGCGUCUGUGGCCGCGCGUGGCAGAGUGGAUGCAGGCGGUCUGCAAGCAGGAAAACUGGGAGGAGGUGCACGGGGCCCACGCGGCGUUUGUCGGCCAACUGCGGGCUGGCAUUUUAUACCCGACCUCGGAUAGUUUCGGGACUAAGGAUUCGGCCACGAGCUAGGACAUCGCUGGCCUAGUCUUUAGGAGUCAAACUCUUGAGUGACUUUUACUGCAUUAAGAUCAAAACAGAUCGUCUCUCGAAACUGAAUUUGCAUAUUUUGUGUGCUGUGCACUUUACUUCUUAAAAAAAAGUAUAGGUGUGUUUUUAACUAUAGUUUUAGUAACAACAAAUCCCUUCGAUUGUAUGUUUUUGUAAUGAAACAACUCCUAAACUACUCCUUGAAAAUACCAUUACAAAAUGAAACAACAUUAUAGUUUGUUUACCUUUUGUACAUCGUACUCUAAUUACUAUUAGUAUCAAUAUUAUUAUUAUGUUAAUUGAUCAAUCGCACGGUCAAAUGUAUGCCAAUAAUGGUUUCUUAAAUUUAUCAAAUUAAAUAUGAUUUAUCCAAUAACUGUCCAAACUCCAUCACUUCUUAGUUAUUAUGAAUUGUAAUGAAUUGUCUAUAUUGUCUCAAGCUAGCGAGGUUUUCCCCUAUAGAAGAAAGAAAUGAGGUAUAAGAAUUCUGUGGGAGGCC